UCAAGAAUAAUUUAAGUUAAAUAUGUCUUCUAAGAAAAAAGGUUCUAGGCUUAAUCUUCCUGGCCGGACAAGUCUUACAGCGGAGGGAUUCUGAAAUGAUUACAUUGAUUCAAAACUUGCUGAUGAAAUAAUGGCUGAUGAUAUUUCAUUAAGCUCAGAAUCUGAAAGAGAGGUUGAUUUUUGGAUAAAUUACAGAAAAUAAACUUGACAUUACAGAACAGUUGAACUUGGAUAAGUAUUACAUCGAUGAUGAAGUCAGAUUAAAAAUCAAACGUUUACUAAAAAUGGAGACUAGUUCAGAGAAGGAGUUUGAGAAAUAACUUCAAGUACUGCUACUCUGAAUGAAUCUGGGCUUAUGAUCGUAUAAGCACACUACAGAAUGUAAUAAAGGGUCUAAAUUCUGAGAUCAAGAAGGCCACUAAUAGUGCUGAGAAGGCGACAAAGUAUAUCAACACUAUCUUACUUGCAAACCAACAGAAGAACAAAAAUGAUAAAAUGGUAGUGAAGAUACAGUGAAAGCAGGAUUAUCAGCACAGACUUGAAAAAAUCCAGAAAGCUUUUAAUGAAGAGGUUGAGGUAAUCAAGACUCAAUCAGAAGACCAUCGGAUUGACUCACAAAUGAAAGAUAAUAUUCUGAUGAAGCUAACUAAAAUAGUGAUUGAGCAAGAAUUUAUACUUGGCACUAUCAAGAAAUACUACAAAAGAAAAUUUGGAUUGACAAAAUUAAAAAGUUUCUCUGAAUAUCGUAAUAACUUACUCGAUCGGAUUGAUGACAAGCAACCAAGUAGGAUUCCCUUUGAGCCUAGCAAGAACGAAAGUGUCAAAUCUUAUAUCAGUGGUGACAAAGAGAAUAACAUUCUUCUUCAUGAAUUACGAACUAUGAAAAAUCUUGUGAAAUCAUCGGUAAAUCAGACAGUGAAAUGGCAAAAUGAAAUAUCUAGGCUUCAAAAUAUUAUCAAAGGAAAAGAUAUUGAACUCUCUAAAGAUACAACAGUCGAGCAUCGAGCUCGGAUCAAACAAUUAGAGAAUGACUUGUACCAGAGAGGGCUAGAUUUCAAGGAGUACAAAUAGACUUGUUUCUCAAGAGAUACGAGUCAAGGAGAGUCUCCAGAAGAAGUCUUCCAAAUAUAACAGAGUUUUACGGAACGAAUUAGUUUUUGCUAAAUAACAUCAUCAAGAACCCGAAGAUAUACAAACAAAUGAACCGUUCCAUGAAUAAUUCUAUAAAAGAAUUUGAUUCAUACAAGUAUAAGCCAACUUCCAAGAAACCCCCGGUUAAGAAAAAGAGCUCAAAGAAAGUUAAGUCACGGAGUAGAUGAUCUAAAAGAUCAGUUAUGAACUAUUCGAUUGACCUUAGCAUGCCAGCCAAAACAUCUUUCAUACCCUUUGUUGGAGAAUCCACUAGCUCGAUGGUUAGAAGAAAGAAGCUAAACAUGAAGCUAAGGGAUGUGUUUACGCCUGAGACUUCAACCAAAAUUAGUAAAAGGAAGUUCAACAUUACUCAGACCUCGCAAACAGGUUGGUUCUCUCCUGGAUUAAACAUUCCUGGAAAAUGUGAGGUUUCAUUAGAAAAGUUCGAAUAA